CGUGUACUAUAGCAGCUACGGAGACGCCACAUCACACCGCGUGUCUUCUCAUCCAACAAAGGGAGUUUUAUUUCAACUUUCCCAAAAGUAAAGAAGGAAAAAAAAAACAGAACCAAGAGAAAAGAUUAUUUGGUCUUCUUCUGUGUAUUGUUUUACAGGUUACCAGGUUCUCAGACAGUCGAACCACAUGAAUCAGAUUGACUCAGAUGUCUCUAAUGGUAGCGACUCCAUCCACUUCUUUCACUCAUUUCUGUAUCAAGUGUUUGAUGUAACACGUAAAGUAAAAGAGCCGAGGGUAAUAUCUCCGAGAGGAUCCAAGACCGAAGAGAAGCAAAGUCAGGGUGUUACUGACAUGGGUCAAGUUGGUAGACAGCAGCCUCAUGGAGAUGUGAACAUGGAAGCUUCCAUAUCAGCAGAAGAUGUGAUAAGAGCUGGAGGGUUUGGUGCUAAAGACGACAUUGGAAGCUUCCUUCCCGUCGCAAGUGAUUCGACCGACUUUGAGGAAUCACUCCGCUCUGCACGUGACUACGAAGAAGCUCAAGCGGAGGUUCAAAGGCCUGGUCUUGGCUGGCCUAAAGAAUAAUAUCUUUACCUUGCCGGCUUCAAUGCUUUGCUUGAUCGGUCGAUUGUUAUGUGUGAUGAUGGCAAAGUUGGAUUGUUUCAAAGUAGCGAACUCACUGGUUCUUGCUCUGCUUUUGCCAGAACAUUUUGAAGGAUCUUUUUACAUUUUUGUUUUGAUAUUAAGGGUCAUGUAGUCGGUGAGAUCAGAUACACUUUUUUCAUAAAUAAAAAUCUAUGCCAGAAAUUAUAUGUUUUUUGAUGAAA